GUUACGCCGAGGUUGAGUUCCACGAGUUCGCCAUUUUCCGCUCUGUCAUUCCGAGACGUCGGUUGGCUGAGCCUGCGCGGGCACGGGAGACCGAGGGAAGUCGCCGGACGCUCCGAGACCGACCGGCCAUGGGAUUGGUAUUGUUUGAGGACGUAGCCGUGCACUUCACGCGGCGGGAGUGGCAGGAGCUGGAUGCUGCCCAGAGGACCCUCUAUAGGGAUGUGAUGCUGGAGAACUACAGCAAUCUGCUGUUCCUGAAGCCCCGCAUGGCCAAGCCUAAGCUGAUCUUCAAUUUGGAACGUGGCUAUGGGCCAUGGAGCCUGGCAGAAGCUUCAGUGCAGGGCUUCCCGGGUGUUCAUAAAGUGAGUGCCCUGAUUGACACCAGCAAGGAAAAUCCUAAGAUACUUUUGGGGCAACUUGAAAUAACUAACCAAAAGAUACCAAAUGAAGACUUGAUUGAAGCAAAACUGAAGACUCCACAGAAAGUCUACAAAGGGACAGGAUCAUGUCAUAGUAGAGCUCCUGACAAAACAUUUCACCAGAAGUUAAGGGAAAACAAGAACCAGACAUUGUACAGAGAAGAGAACCUCUAUGAAUGUAUGGAAUGUGGGAGAACUUUCUCUAAUAACUCAACCCUCAUCAAGCAUCGCAGAAGAACUCAUAAUGUACAGAACCGCUUUGAAUGUACUGAAUGUGGUAAAAUGUACCAUUGGAAGUCAGACCUCACUGCUCAUCAGAAAACGCAUAGUCAAGAGAGAAUCUAUGAAUGUAAAGGAUGUGAGAAAGCUUUCUUCCGUAGGUCUCAUCUCAAUGCACAUGAAAGAACUCAUACAGGUGAGAAGCCUUAUAAAUGUACAGAAUGCAAGAAAGCUUUCAAUUACAAGUCAGACCUUACUCGACAUAAAAAAACUCAUUUGGGUCAAAAGCCUUAUAAAUGUGAAGAGUGCAUGAAAGGUUUUUCCCGAAAGUCAAAGCUCGCUAUACAUCAGAGAACUCACACUGGUGAGAGGCCUUAUGAAUGCACAGAAUGCAGGAAAACUUUCUCCCAUAAGUCACAACUUACUGCACAUAGGAUAACUCAUUCAUCUGAGAAUUUUUAUGAAUGUAAAGAGUGUAAUAAAUCUUUCCACUGGAAGUGUCAACUCACAGCACAUCAGAAAAGGCACACAGGAAAAAGCUUCAUGAAUACAGAACGCAGGAAAACCUGCCACAAGUCAGAGGUCACUGGACAUCAGAGAACUCAGGUCGCUGAAAAGCCCUGUGGAUAUGAGGAAUUCGGGGAAGAAGGAUUUCAAGUACUUACAGAAGAAUUCUACACUAAGUCAGACCUUACUGCACAUCAGGGAAAUGCAUAAUUGAGAAGCUUUACAGAAUGUAGGAAGGUUUUCCAGUGCAGAUCUGACCUCACUCAUCAUCAGAGAUCCACAGAAAUGAGAAGCCACUGUGAAGAAUGCCGCUCAAGGUUAGCCCUAGUAACACAGAGCAGCGUGUGAAGAGAAGCAGGGCACGCUGUCUGGACAGAACCUGCAUGACUUGUCGCCAGCAGAGACUCCACCAUGACAGUGUUAGAGCGGUGGUUAAGAGCUCUUGCUUCCUUUUAUUCUUUGGUUUCUCUGUGUAGCCUGGCUGUUUAGAUCAGGCUGGCCUCUAACUCACAGAGAUCCACCUGCCUCCGUGCUGGGACUAAAGGUGUGCUAUCAGUAGCUUGGGAUGGGGGAUCAUCCCCCAGCUGCCACCAGGUUAUGCAAGAAAAUGCACAAAUGCAAUGAAAGCUUAGGAAAAACCCUCUCUCUGAAAAUAUCUCUGUCUCCACACAGUUACAUCUCUCUACAUACAGCUACAUUUUCCACACACACUUACACAGCCCCUUCUUCUCUCUGAAAAUCUCUCUUGCUCUCUCUCCUGCCUACCUAUUCAUGUUCUCCCCUCAGCUCCUUCUUCACACACACACUCACACUCACACUCUAACACACACGCACUCACUCACUGCCCAGCUCUUUCCACAGUUCCUUCACACAGCUCUUCCUUCAUGGCAGCUGCUCUACACAGCUGUCUCUCUCCACACCACAGCUGCUGCCCCACAGCCAAACUCUGGACAAUUAUAAGUUACAAUUUCAGUGCCAUACCCAUUCUCAAAACACAAGAUAAGUUAAAUAGUUCCUCUUAGGCUAGUAAUGUCACAUUGGCCCAUGCACGUAGCUCUAAGUUGGUGAGGGGUCCCCGACAGUGAACAAUUGGCUGAACCUUGAGCAGUCAGAGUACAUGCAGAAAGGGAGCUGCUGCAGGGAGCUUUAUCAAUGUAAACAGCCUGGCCUCGAUUGAGCAAUAACAACACCUGGGAAUUAGUGUCGGUGUAUAUUCUGUAGGGACAGCUUUGUCUGUUUUGAUUUGUUCUGAUCAGCCUAAAAUCAGCUGUCUUUGAGACUGAAAAUGCUGUUACUUUCCUGUGUCAGUAAAGAAGAAUAUUCUGGUGUUAUUUCUAUACAUCAGAAUUAUACAGCUUAAACAGAAAUCCACAGCUAAAUGUGUGCCCCAAGAGGUAAUAUUUUCUUGAGACACACAGUGGGAAAACACCUAUAGCUGUUUUUAGGAAAGAAAUGUAGUAGCACAUGAGAAAAUACCAGACAGGAGCAGCAGGUCAGUAGCAGUAACUCCACGGUUUUGGCAAGUGGGGCUCCCCACCAGGGAGUUCUAUGUCUGGUGGGUCCACUUGUCAAACACUGGUUGUCACCUGCUGUAUACUCCCGUAGCCUUGGGCAGUGUGCACCACCACUGCCUGGAUGGAGUUCUCUUUGCCAAGUCAGCAUCCCUGAAAACACCUGUUCCCCCACUUCCGACAGCGGUGGAGACAGGGGGAUCACUUGAACUUGCUGACUUCUAGCCUAGCUGAGAAUGAGCCCCAGGUCCAGGAGGAGGCCUUUUAUGAGCGGAACAGGUAGAGAGUGGUGGAAGUGGACCCUCGAGACCCACUUGUGGCUUCUGGGUGAGAGUUUAGGUGCGCGUCUAAGCAUGUGUAAACAAAAAACGAAAGCAGAGGAGGAUGGUGAAAUGGCAUCGUGUAAAGGCGUUUAUCAGCAGUCCGGUGACUCAGCUUUGAUCCCUCGAACCUGCACUGCUGGACACACAGCUGCAAGUUGUCCCACAGGAUACACAAAAGGGUUAAAAACAGGUGGCGUGGGUGCUGAAACGGAGUAGAGGCAGGGGGGCAGCUUGCUGCAGUUCCCCGCUUAGUCAUCCGAGAGUCACGCUGCAACAACCCUGUACAUCUAGUAGUAAAGAAACAUCAGCGUUUCAGAUCCCCCACCGGGAAUGGCCCAGUGGUGUGCCUGCUAAGCCUGCGCAUUACUGAUCUUUAUAUUCAGUUUUCCCAGGUUGUCUGCACUGUCAACGUUUAUGCUCUUGAAUCUGUUGUUUGAAAAACAAACAAGCCAUUAACCAUGUGAAAAAUUGCAACAAAUUGAUGCUUUAUUGCACUCUCUGUGAAAUCAGUCUCCAUGUAUUUCUUGCCUGUUUUUCCAUCCGAAUGUAGACAAGGUUAUGUUCAGCUCCCGGUUGCCUUACGAGCUUGGCUGUGCACAAAACCCUUUCACUAUGCGUCUCAGUUUGGGUUUGUCGGCCAGUUCUGCACAGAGUUACUUGGGGAUUUAUCUUGACUUUUAUACCUCACUUCUCUUGAUCAUUUCAUCCCUAUUCACACUUAUUCUAAGAGCUUUAUGUCCUGACAGUCUUACGGCAAUUGUGAAUGGUGAUGAACUGUCUGCUCAGAUGUCUGAACAUCACACUGCCUGAGGACAUGUAUGGAAUAGUGAAAUUUCUAUCUGUGCGGCAUAGCUACCAAAGCACUAAGGAUCCUUUACUGGCUGGAAACGAUGGUGGCCCGGGAGGCAGUUCUGGAACCGCCCUCCAUUCCAACCCCCUGCAGACAGCUCCACUGGCCCCGACGGAGCUGAAACCUCCAUUCCCCCCCCUGCAGACAGCUCCACUGGCCCCGACGGAGCUGCCUGGUACUCCUCGUGGGACACAAAUCUCCAGUGCAGGGACACAUACAGUUCUAUGGUUAAACCAUGGUUAGCUUUAUCGUAGGGAACACCUGGACGUGAAAAUAGGUUGAUUUUCUCAGGGCAGUUGGUGAUUAGACAAACGUUUUAAUAGAGCAUAUUGAGUAAAGGCAGACUUCUUUCCACAACUCAGUAUUCACCUGCAUAAGGUGAAAAAUCAGGAAAAGAAAUAAUAUGCAAUCUACUCGUUUUAGACUCCAGAAGGUUGUCUUCAACAUGUGCAUAUGUACACACUGAGAGGGCCAGGGAGCCAGACCAGAGCUGCGACAGGUUUCUAACAGCCCAGCCAGGGGCCAGGCUUUAGUUUCAGUUUACUGGAACUGGCUGGAGCUGAGCAAGCAGCUCUUGGGAAAACCACAAUUUAGGGGCAACCAACCAACAGGUGCCCGCCCCCCAGCCUCCUGCCAGCUCAGCAAACCCCCAAACCCCUUCUGCUGGCUCAGCAGAUGUCCCCUAGACUUCUGCUAGCUAAAGGUAGCUUUCCCUAUUCUCUUGUCAAUAAACCCCUAGACAUUAACCCCCCACCACCAAUAGGCCCCUAAAUACUACAGCCUCCCACCAGUCAACUCCCAGACUAAUCUUUCCUUCACCAGUCAGCACCAGAUUAAUCCCUCCCUCGAAUUCCCCUAACUGACCUCCCUUUGGGGUCGCUAUUUGCCACCCCAACAUGCUGGAAAAAAUGCUCUUGCUAAAUUGCAUACAUGACUGUUGGUCUUGGAGGCUUUUCUCAGAUCCUAACACACAAAUAAAAGCUUAAAAUUCAUUCCUAUUAAUUUGCCUCCAGUGAACUCAACUAGUACUUACAGUUUCUGCUUAUAGGGUUAUCUGUGGCGAUUUGAAUGAGAAUGGCCCUCAUAGGCUCAUGUUUAAAAACCUUGUCCCCAUUUGGUGGAACUGUUGGGGAAGGACCAGGAGGUGUGGCCUUAUUGGAGUGGGUGUGUCACUCAGGUGGGCUUUGAGGUUUCAAAAGCCCUGAACUAAUCUCAGCUCCUAGUGGAUCAAUAUGUGAACUCACAGCUGUUGCUGAUGCCAUGCCUUGGCUCUGCCAUCUUGGACUCUAACUCUGAAAUUAUAAACCUAAAUAAACACUCUAUUUUUUUAUA